AUGACGAGAGACUCGAUUAUCCGACACAUGCUGGUAUUGCUGCUUUUGGGCACGGCAUCUGCAUUUGCACCGUCCGUGCGACCUUUUUCGAAAAGUCCAGCGGCAAAACACAAUGCCCUUUUUCAACGACAAUCCACCACAAGUCUCCUGUUGAGUGGUGAUAACGCGGAAGGAGACGCUCCCAAACGACGGAGAAAACGAGUGAAACGAAAGGAAACAGUAGAAGAACAAGAUGUGGAAGAAUCUGCUCCUCCUGAAGUCAAGCCACGAGAGGAUGGUCCGGUUCAGUUGCAAGUGCAAGACGUGCGAAAUUUGGUGGGUGGUGGAGGACCGGCACCAAGAACCACAACUAGUCUCGAAUCAACUUCGAUGGCGGGCUCGCAGCAACCGGCAUCAUCCUCUGGCGGGACCGACGAUUCGUUGCUACGGUUACUAGAGGAUGCCAAGGAAAUGCAGGCACUGGAAGACACCAGCGCCGUCUCGACCGGAGAGGAAGAUGGCGAGUUUUCCCUCCCAGAUACCCUUCGAAAAGUUGUGUCGACGAUUGUCACGGUGGACUUUUUUAUAGUAUUUGCCUUUUUGCUCUGGUUUUUGGCGGGAAUUUUCUGUUCCUAUAUUUUGAAGGAUGACACGGUGCAAAUUGCAUUUAAUCAACAAUUCCAGCCACUGGUACAGCCAGCUUUGGGUAUCCUCAUGAUAGCUUCCGUUGCUGGGUCCUUCCUGGACAAAGACGAAGAAGAAAAUGCAUAA